AUUUAUCCCGUUCCGUUACCCAGCCACUAAGCCAUCCUACUUACUAUCUCCGAUCUGAGCAUGUCAAAUUUGUUCAGCUCCUGCUUCUGGUUAUCUCGUUUUCGUUUUUCUUCUUCCAAGUACUUUUUGCACCGCACUCUCCAUAACAUCACCACCACCUCUCACAAAAACGCACCUACCUCCAAUCUCUUCCAUUCACACAGGUCAACGAACUCAUCAUGCUCAACCUCCCUUCUUCCUUUCGCUCUCGCUCUUUCUGCUGCUUCACUUUCUCUUCAACCACAUUCCGAUCCUUCCUUCUCUGACGCCACACCUCAUUCCGAUAACAGAGAUGUGACUUUUGGGGGUAAAGGCAGCACACAGUAUGUUGUUAAGGGAUCACAGAAAGAGUUUCCACAAGAGCUUCUUGAGGAGUUGAAAAUCAUCUGUAAGGAUAACAUAUCACUUGAUUAUGACGAGAGAUAUAUCCAUGGAAAACCACAAAACAGUUUUCACAAGGCUGUUAAUAUCCCAGAUGUGAUUGUUUAUCCAAGAUCUGAAGAGGAGGUCUCCAAGAUUGUCAAAUUAUGCAACAGUUAUACGAUUCCUAUUGUACCUUAUGGUGGAGCUACAUCAAUCGAGGGUCACACUUUAUCCCCCAAUGGAGGGGUUUGUAUUGACAUGUCAUCAAUGAAAAGAGUGAAAGCAUUACAUGUUGAUGACAUGGACGUGGUUGUUGAGCCUGGAAUUGGGUGGAUGGAGCUUAAUGAGUAUUUGGAACCUUAUGGCCUAUUUUUUCCACUUGAUCCAGGUCCUGGUGCAAGUAUUGGAGGGAUGUGUGCUACACGCUGCUCUGGUUCAUUAGCUGUGAGGUAUGGAACUAUGCGUGAUAAUGUCAUCAGCCUUAAGGUAGUUCUUGCCAAUGGAGAUAUUGUGAAGACUGCAUCUCGGGCUAGGAAGAGUGCUGCAGGGUAUGAUCUGACCCGCUUGAUGAUUGGGAGUGAAGGAACACUUGGCGUCAUAACAGAAGUAACACUCCGGCUUCAGAAAAUUCCCCAGUUUUCUGUGGUUGCAAUGUGCAAUUUCCCUUCUGUGAAGGAUGCAGCAGAUGUUGCUAUUGCCACUAUGAUGUCUGGAAUACAGGUGUCAAGGGUAGAGCUAUUGGAUGAAGUUCAAGUCAAAGCUAUCAAUAUUGCUAAUGGGAAGAAUUUUCCUGAAUGUCCAACUUUGAUGUUUGAAUUUAUAGGAACAGAAGCAUAUGCGCGGGAACAAACACAAAUUGUUCGAAAAAUUGUUUCCGAGCACAAUGGUUCAGAUUUUGUAUUUGCGGAAGAACCUGAAGCAAAAAAAGAACUUUGGAAGGUAAGAAAGGAAGCACUCUGGGCUUGCUUUGCUAUGGAACCUAAUAUGGAGGCAAUGAUUUCGGAUGUAUGUGUUCCUUUAUCUCAUCUAGCUGAUAUAAUUUCAAGGUCUAAAAAGGAGCUGGAUGCUUCGCCACUGGUUUGCACAGUGAUUGCCCAUGCUGGUGAUGGUAAUUUCCACACAGUAAUUCUAUUUGAUCCCACAAAAGAAGAACAGCGGCAGGAAGCAGAGAGACUCAACCAAUUUAUGGUUCGUGCUGCCUUAUCAUUGGAAGGAACUUGUACCGGUGAACAUGGUGUUGGCACUGGAAAAAUGAAGUAUCUUGAAGAAGAACUAGGAGAGGAAGCAUUGAGGACAAUGAAAAAAAUAAAAACAGUACUAGAUCCUAACAAUAUCAUGAAUCCAGGAAAACUCAUCCCUCCCCAUGUUUGUUUAUGAAAGUGCCCCUCACUCCAAUAGCCAAGUGUGCAAUACAAUCUCCUCAAAUUUACAAAUUAAAACCUUGCGGCUUUUAGCAUCAGGCGGUAUCUAUUGAAUCAGUUCUCUUACUGUAUAAGGGCAUAGUGAACUCUUUCUUCAUUGAAAUGUUCUAGGCCACAGUUUUUUUGCCUCCUGUGUCCAAGAAAGUCUAUAUGUGAAGAUGUAAUGCCAUAGUCCUUUUAACAGUACUUUUCAUGCAGUCAUUAUGCUCCUUUUCAUUUACCUUUUAAAUUUUACUCUACUUAGGGUAAGUCAAUAAUUGAAGACAUUUUCAAUAAGUAGUCGAGCACUAUUUUAAGUUGUUAUAUACUUCGAAUAUGUUUCGGAGACAAAAUAAAACAGCGAGGUUCUGUACAUUGGGCUUACAAUUAUAUACACCAUUUUUUUUAUGUUUC